CCUCUUCGCUCUGUGCGGCGUGUCCGCUUGCUGGCGAGUACGGUGGCCGCGGGGGGAGGGGGUCAGCGCCGUUUUGCCUUUUGGGCUUCGCUUCGUGUAGGAGAGCCGCGGCGGCAGCAGCAGCAGUGAUGGCUCCCAAGGGUAGUAGCGGCGGGGCUCGUCAGCAGUCGGAAGAGGAGCUGCUCCUGCAAGAUUUCAGCCGCAACCUCUCAGCCAAGUCCUCGGCGCUGUUCUUCGGCAACGCGUUCAUCGUCUCGGCUAUCCCGAUAUGGCUUUACUGGCGGAUCUGGCACAUGGACCUCUUUCAGUCUGCAGUACUCUACACUGUAAUGACCCUUGUCAGCACCUAUUUGGUUGCUUUUGCUUACAAGAAUGUGAAGUUUGUUCUUAAGCACAAGGUAGCCCAGAAGCGUGAAGAUGCUGUUUCCAAAGAAGUGACCCGCAAACUUUCCGAAGCAGAUAACAGGAAGAUGUCACGAAAGGAGAAGGAUGAGAGAAUUUUGUGGAAGAAGAAUGAAGUGGCAGACUAUGAAGCAACAACCUUCUCUAUCUUUUACAAUAACACCCUCUUCCUUGUCCUAAUAAUUGUUGCUUCCUUUUUUGUGUUGAAGAACUUCAACCCCACCGUAAAUUACAUCCUCUCCAUCAGUGUUUCAUCUGGACUGAUCGCUUUAUUAUCUACAGGCUCAAAGUAGAUAAAAUUGUUUGGGUAUAUGAAUUCAUCUCUGUCUUUCCCAAUCAGAAGAAGGUGGAUUUGCCAUUUUCUGUACAUUGGCUUUUUUUUUUUUGUACAAGAUGGGAUGAUAAUGGGGAGCAGUUUUGUUAUAAAAUAAUACCACAAAGAUGAGGCAUUCUAAUUUAGGCUUGCAAUGUGCUUAUUUUAAAAACUUCUGACCAUUCAGGAGGACAUAGAGAUCCAGCUGUAUUAUCUGAGAAGUUCAACUAGAUCUGGAAUUCUUGAUUAGAAGUUUUUGGGGUUUUUGCUACAUUGUUAUUAAAAAAAUCUUUGCCAAAAACA